AUGACUAAACUUCAGCUAUCAUUCGAUGAUUGCUGUUCUAAUCAAACAUUAGAUGAUGGACCAGAACGAGAAGAAUUGCUAAAGCAGUACAAUCGGCUGCAACUUGAAGUUGACAGAUGGCGAGAGGAAUGCAUUCAGUUACACAGUAUUCUAGCAAAGCAAACUGAAGGUUUGAAGAAUGUUGCUAGUAUCAACUAUGGAAGUCAUGUACACUUAAAAAAUGAGGUUGUGGAGCUAGUACUGGCAUUUGAAGCACAGAAGAAGAUAAACAGGCAGCUGGAAGAUGAAUUGCACCAAGAGAAAAAUAAGUGGCAAGCAGAAAGAGAACAACUCCAACAAGAAAAUGAGAAACUCAGAGAGGAGAAUGAUAAUCAGCACAAGCUUUUGUCUCCAAGUUUAACCAAAAGCCCACAAACUCAAACUGAAGCUUUUAUGCAACAUGAAAUUAUAAGAGUGACUUCAGGAAAGCUGGUUCUUCAAGAAAAACUAGAUUUAGCUAAAGAGGAACUUCCACAAUGCAAGAGCAGCUUAAAAUUCCAAACUGAAGUGCUGAAGGAUCAGGGUUAUACUGAUGUGCCAAGCACAUUACAGCCCAUAAUUCAGGCUGCCCACUUGCUACAGGCUCGUAUGCUGGACGAGAAUGUUCAGGAUGUAUGCAAUAUGUGUGAUAAACUUUCAAUGUUGCAGAUAAUCAAAAUACUCAAUCUGUAUACAACCAUUGAUGAAUCUGAAGAAUGUGUUCCUGUCAGCUUUAUUCACAGAAUACAGGCCAAGCUCCUGGAUACAACUGAACCGCAGAAACAGGCCACAAUGCUGAUGGACACAAAAUUCAUGUUCCCAGUAAGAUUUCCUUUUAAUCCAUCAAAAAUCAAGCUUGAAGAUAUAGAAGUACCAGAGGUGUUGAACCUACCAAUGCUAAAGAAAGUUUAA